CCAGGGGCCAGGGGCCAGGGGCCAGGGGCCAAGGGCCAAGCUUAACAUGCAACAUUGACCCGUCUCCGUCUCGGUCCAAGCUCCAAACCACCACCCAGAAACCCAGCUAUUUAAGCCCUUGUUCGCGCACCAAACAAUCUCGUAUCCCUCCUGCGAUCCAAUCUUUACCAACCGAUUAAUACCAGGAACCGCAUCGAUGGCCCUGUCCAACGUCACCGCGGCAUUCGGGGACUCGGAAGCGAAAUGUUUCACCGAAGAGCAGGAGGCUCUUGUGCUCAGAUCCUGGAAUGCCAUGAAGAAAGAUGCCGCCGCCCUCGGGCUCAAGUUCUUCUUGAGAAUCUUUGAGAUCGCGCCCUCAGCAAGCCGGCUCUUCUCUUUCCUGCGUGACUCUGAUGUGCCCCUCGAAAACAACCCCAAGCUCAAAACCCAUGCCAUGUCCGUCUUUGUCAUGACUUGCGAGUCGGCAGCACAACUGCGGAAAGCGGGUAAGGUUACGGUGAGGGAGACGACUCUGAAGAAGCUGGGUGCCACCCAUUUCAAGAGCGGUGUGGUCGAUGAACACUUUGAGGUGACCAGGUUCGCGCUUUUGGACACCAUAAAGGAGGCAGUCCCGGACAUGUGGAGCCCCAAGAUGAAAACCGCUUGGGCAGAAGCCUAUGACCAGCUGGUGGUGGCUAUCAAGCAAGAGAUGAAGCCUCUCCCCUCAGCAUAGAGUUGUUGUUUUCCCAGAUAGGAUGGUUGUAUCAUGGUCGAGUAAUAAGAAAAAGCAUGUCAUACAUACAUAUAUA